AUGAAGGAAUCUAUAGAGGUCUACGACGGCUACGGUCAGAAGAUGGACUAUAGCAUCUGGGAGCUCAUGAACUUACCCUAUGAAUUCGAACCGAAGACAAAUACUCCUCGUGUGGCAAACGGCACAGGUCUUCCUAUUGUCGAAAACAGGGGGCUUGGGACCGAAGUGGGCCCUCUUGAAGCAGACAGUCCAAGCGACUCGUCCUCCCCUCGGGGUGGCCGUCAUUCUAUCAAUCGCCCACUCACGCCGGAUAAUACAACCAUCCGUAGCAGUAACAUUACGACGUCCAAUGAUGGCGCGUACAUCAGAGUCUGCAUCACAAUGCCCACGGACUUCGGAAUUCGGAGCUGGCGCUGCUAUGAAACAGUUAUUGAGUUACUUGCUGUAGGAAUCUACCUAUACGCAACCUUCAUAUUGACGAGUACUCUCUUCUUAGAUUCAACAAGGUCAAUUCAAUUUGCGAUAGUCAUGACAAUUGUGAAACUAUAUUCAACAAUACGUCUAAUGAAUCAAUUCCGGCUCUACGAGCUGUCGACCGGAACACUCGAAAGCUACGAAAUUGGGCACGCCCCUCCCUACAUCGCCGUUUCGCACGCUUGGUCCGACCACAUCUUCUCCACCGGCGUAGAAACCUCCUUUGGCGGCGCUGCAGUGCGGAAAAUAAUAGCCGACCUCUUCCCUGCCAUCAGACACUGCUGGAUCGACAACUUCUGCAUCAUACAAGAUGACGAUGCAGAUAAAAUAGAGCAGAUUCCGCUCAUGGGGGCCAUCUACCACGGCGCGGCGGUAGUUAGCAUUGUACUCACAUGUGAAUUUGGAUUUGCGCAGGAAGACGUAGAUAGGGCUCAGUUAGCGGUGCAUGAAGCAGUAGAAGCGUGGAAAAACGAAGCGUGGGCCGAGGAAGAGUUUGUACGGCGAUGGAGAGAUGAUGAGGCUAGACGGGGAGCUCUCGUCCAGGCUAUGAAGGGUCUGGCGAGACUUACCAAAUCUUCCUGGGCGACGCGCAUUUGGACGCUGCAGGAGUAUGUUCUUGCUUCAUCUGUUCUCUGGAUUGGGCUGGACCUCCACCCUGUGGUUAUAGAUGAUAUGUUGUUCCAAGCCCUUCCGGGGCUAUGUGAUCAGCUAUGCAUCACCGAAUGUAUAUCGCGAGCCCCAGAGUCAGAAUUUGCUGUUUUGUAUACCCAUUUCUCGGGCAUGGCUAACUCGCGACUUGGUGCGAUUGAGCCUACAAGGGUCAUGGAGUUGCUCGGGAAUCGCAAGGCGACGGUCGCAGUGGAUGAGGUCUACGGCAUUAUGGCCGCGUGUGGAGUGGAGAUUGAGCCUAUUAUUGGGGAGUCAAGAGAAGCAGCCUGGGGACGAUGGUGGGAAGCAGCUGUGUGUGAGGGACAUCUUCGCUGGGCCAUGUUGCCGCCCGCGCCACUCAUCGAUAAGACGAAAGUGUCGGUUGCUGGCAGUUCCAAUUGCAUAAUCCCAGAGUUUGCACAUCGGCAUAGUGUGUCGGCAGCUUCCUAUCUCAAUUCAAUGGCUCCGUUAGGUACCUGUACCGUUGACGAUGGCACCCUCACACUCUCCGGUCGCCUUGUUGGCAACUGCACCUUGCUGCGAAAACUCGGCAGUGUCCACAGGUCCCAGAACGAUCUUUUCCAUAGAGACAUCACCCUCAUUCUAUUUGCUAGGGGUCGCUGGUCCGACGCACUUCAAAUCGUAGAGGCCUUUGGACCCGGUAGAUACAAUCGAAAACAGCAACUGUCCCUAGCCCAUAUUCUCGUUGACAAUCAUAGCAAAGUACUGCGCUACAUCCGCAGGAAUAGCGAAAUGGAUUUCCACCCUUCCUUCCGAUCGAACCUGCACUACCGCGUAUGGGGGGACUUUAUGCAGUUACUGAGUCGAUGCAUAAUGGACGGUCUAAACGACGGCAUCGGCUAUCUUGCUCGGAUUCGCCAUCCUUCCCUGGACAUCUUCUUCACCACAGUUGUGAUUGUGGGAAACUACCUGCCAACUAGUUCACUCAUUGCAUUAGAUUUCAACGCAGUAACAGAGGACCAGCGUCUCAUUCUGCUGAUUGCGGAGGUACCCAUGGAUUUAAUCAUUCCCGAAGAUAGUAGAACCACGAUGGCUUCGCUGCACAAGCUGGGAACUACGAUCCCAGUCACACUAGAUUACAAUGGGCUGUGGGGCACGCCGCGCAUCGAGCGAUUCGAUCUCGGAGGCUCGAGAUGCCAUGUCUGCACGGCGAGUCCACAAAAUCGAGUGAAAACGAGAAAGGAGCAAGGGUGCUCCCUCACCGUGAGACGAUCGCGUAUCAUGCCCGCAGGAGUAGGCGUCUUGCUGCGUAGAGAUCGGCUCGAAAGAGUAGAGAGGUUGGAAAACAUACGAAAAACGUUGAACUUCAGUGCAUUGAAUCGGUCAAGAAAACGCUAUCUCCGUCUUCGUCGUUGAGACAGUUCUUAGGUGGUCCUUGGUGUUUGAUGUUGCCAUGGUAACAGUUUCGGCCUUGAGACAAUGAGAUGGUAUCUUCUGCGAACUUAUGGGGUGCAGCAUCAUGUAGUGCUAUUUGAUCGAUCGUAUAUCCCCCGGCGAGGCUCAUUAAUGUCAUGACUUCUCUGCCUUCUCUUUGGGGGCAGCCGUAUGAGGACGCCAAAGGCUUGAUUUUGGCAUCAUGAAAUUUAGCUAUCGCAUUUUCAUAGUUGAGGAGGAACAAAGUAUCUAAGUUUGAUUCGAUGCGAUGCGGUUCUGUCCGGCAAUCUCAUGGACAGGGGCCGGCUAUACGAAUGCCAUGGCGGCG